AUGAACUCACUUGCAAAUAAUAAAACAAUUAAAAAUUUAACACUUGAUUUUACUAUUUGUUAUUAUGAAUCUGAAACAAAGAAUAUUAAUUUAAUUACCAAAUCAAUUGUAUCAAUGCUCGAUCAAAAUACAACACUUGAAUCAAUUUAUAUUAUUCCAAUUUCAGAAUUCAAUGAAAUACCAAAUUUAAAAAAAAAUACAAAAUGUAAAAUAAUGAACAAUCAUAAAAACAAAAAAUAA